AUGAAGAGAGAAGAGAGAAAACCAAAUGGAUGGGAAGCGCGUGACAAACAAAAGUGUUUUGAGGAAGAGGUGGAAUUAUUACUCGUAUCGGACAGACGACUGGGAAAGCAACUGGACAAUAUUGCAACACCAUUUCUAAUUCGUGUUGUUUUGAACAGACUUCCACAAGGACUGGGACCGACGUGUCAGAGUACAUUUCGACCAGUCGACAAGCUCCGCCCAAUUGUCCGAUGUCCCACCAUUAAGUACAACAGCCGCGUCAGAGCUGGCCGUGGUUUCUCCCUCCAAGAGUUGAAGGAGGCUGGUAUCCCACGCAAGCUUGCUCCAACCAUCGGCAUCACCGUUGACCACCGCCGUGGCAAUGUCUCCGCUGAAUCCCUCUCCGUCAACGUCGCCCGUCUAAAGGCUUACAAGGCCCGUUUGAUCCUCUUCCCCCGCAAGAGCGGUCAGUUCAAGAAGCUCGACUCCUCUGCCGAAGAGAUCAAGGCCGCCAAGGAGGGUCUCGUUAAGAGCAUCAACUCCGUUCUCCCCGUCACCAAUCCUGCUCGUGAGAACGCCGUUUCUGAGAUCAAGAAGUCCGAUCUACCAAGCGGAGAAGAGAACGCAUACCGCAGAAUGAGAAUUGCCCGAAGUGACGCCAGACUUGUUGGUGUCAGAGCGAAGCGCGCAAAGGCCAAGGCUGAGGAGGCCGCUGCUGCAAAGAAAUAA